AUGGCUGCCUCUCCACCCCCUGGGUAUCUCUCUGACACCGAGUUCCGUUUCCCCAAAGACAAGGCCGAUGCUAUUAUUUCCACCGUCAGCUUUCCCCGCAAAGAAUUCUGCCGGUCCGUCAUCUGGUUUCCGCCUUCUCAACAUGAUGGCAUUCGUCAGUCGAUAACAUCACCGUUUCAGCGAUCCUCUAACCCGGCACUCGGGCCCCUCGAACGGUUACCCGCAGAACUCUUGAAUAACAUCUUGUUGGGCCUAGAUCUGCAAUCCCUGUUCAACUUUGGGCAAACAAAUCUCAAGUCGAGAGAGGCGGUAUAUUCUCUCAAGCAAUACCGGUUGGUCCUCUCGCACGGACUCAACCUUGUCUGUGCCUUGCUGCGAACGGGAGUUGCCACGAGCGUUUCCUUACUGGACUGUUACCGAGCACUCUGCACAGAGGCUUGCGCCAUAUGCGAUGGGUUUGGUGGGUUUAUUUCCCUGUUAACAUGGGAACGAUGCUGUUACAGAUGCUUUCAGGAGGCACCCGAGCUCCAAAUGUACUCUCUCACUGCUGUUAAAAGGCAGUUCCAAUUGCCCAAGUGUGACAUGGAUCAACUUGAAAGGUUCAAGACUCUGCCUGGAACAUACAACAUGGAGCAGUCCACAUACAAAUCUCGCAUGACCAUUGUUUCUGCUUACAAGGCACUGAUGUUUGUGGACGAGUAUCCAUACCGACCGAGUCCGGCAUCGCUCGUGCAGCGAGGGCAAAUUCUCAACUUUAUGGGGACGUGUGCGCUUCCUUAUUAUGAUACACGAACAGGCCAAGUCGAAGAAGGUGUGUCCUGUGCCGGAUGUCAACUGCUUGUCGCAAACGGCUGUGUCAUGCGCGAAAUGCCGUUCUGGUCAUGGGCAUACGAGGCUCGCAAUACGCUAUAUUCGCGGGAUGGGUUUCUGGAACAUUUUCGGUGGUGCAAGCAGGCACAGCGUCGCUGGAACGAGAGUGAUGAAGGGGAAAAGCUGCCUCCCGAUUUGCAGAGUCUGCUCGAUCACUCCCGUCAAGAGGUUGAUAAGAAUACGUAA